CAGCAAUUUAAUGCCCAAAUUUAUGUUCCGCCCGUUUAAUCUGACAGCGAGCGAGUCUGGAAAGUUCGAAAAAAGAUAAAAAAGUUUCCGCAUCUUGACGCAAAAUCGAGACAGAAAGUAUGUGGAACAGUGCUUUAAAUGGGGACCAGUCGUCUGGAGACAUACACAGAAGGACGCUCUCCAGGAGGGAUGACAUUCCAAGCAAUCCGAGCAGUGCCGUGGAGAGGCAUGUUGCCGUAGCCAGUUCCAAAAGGGCAAACAUCAUGAUCGCGGAAUUAUUAAUCUGCGAUUCUUCUAACUUCCGUAAUGGCGUCCACGAAGAGCAAAAGGAAGCUGUUACGGAAGAAGCGAAUAUCAGUAAGAAAAGCUCCUUCGGACCAACUCGCAGGAAACGGCGAGGGAUUGUUGAGAAAAGGAGGCGCGAUCGCAUAAACAGCAGUCUGGUAGAAUUACGGAACCUCAUACUAUCUGCUACUGGAAAGAUGGAACUUCAAGACACAAGCAAACUGGACAAAUCGGAGAUCCUGCAAAGAACCAUAGACUAUUUAAGGUCACUACAAUCCAAAAGAAAUCUUGGUUCAAAAAAUGUCGAAGCUUUUAUGGCUGGUUUCCAGGAAUGCAUAAGCAAUGGGGUUACUACGAAAUUCCACAAGGGAACGGAGCGAUCAGCCAUUGGGCUGCACCUGUGCAAGCUCAUAAUUCGGAACCUUAUGGACUGAAUCACUUCCGACCGCGGC